AGUGACGGAAGUGAUGCUGUCGGCUCAGAGAAGUAACCUUACCCCUAUAAACUUCGGUUUCACUUUUGCAGCCAUGUCAGUGUUGUUUUCGUUAACGAAAGCAUAUGUUAACGCCACAAACCGUAUGAAUACAACCAGCUGGCAAGAUACCCGUCGAGCCGCAACUGUCUGAGUGCCAAGCAGGAGAGAAGCUUGGUGGAGGAGGAUGGAUGGAGUCAGCUGGGGCACCACACGGGCCCCGGAGUCGUUUAGCCGCUCCCGGACAGCAGCAGACACACUCUCCAGGCUCGCCAGCUUUAUUGCACGGGCUGACAUAAAACAGCACCCACAAAACAAGAGGCCACCACCGGACCAAUUGUCCACAUAUGUUUGUCAAGAAUGUGGUAAGAGCUUCCCUCAUGAGACAGAACUGUUGCAUCACCAGGAAUUAAAACAUGCAUUACCCAAGCCUCACCGGUGUCUAUCUUGUGGGCAGGAGUUCUCCCUGAGGUCGUCCUUACAGCUACAUAAGUGCAAUCAUGAAGUUUCCCCGUGUGAGCUUUGUCAUGGAGAGUCACAGCUGGGCUCUCCGUGCCCUGUAUGUACGACUCACACCUCAGAUCCUAGCAGGCUGCAGGACAAGUCACCUCACCGCCAGCCUCAACUUCUGGAUGGUAGCCCUUAUGCAUGUGCCCCGUGUGGGAGAGGGUUCAGUCAGAAGCAGGCUCUGCUGCACCAUCAGCAAACUGGUUGUAGUGAACCACCAUCCACAUCAGAUUUAGUUGAUGCAAGUAGCCUUCCAGAUGAUUCUCCACCAGUUUCUGACGGAGACUCGACCUGCUCUGAUUCUUCAGACACCCCAGGGCCCAGCAGCAGAGCUGUCAACGUGUGCCAAUUCUGUUUGAAAAUGUUCCGCACAGAGGCUGGACUGCAACGCCAUAAACAGACCAACCAUGCAGAGGAGCGACUGAUGGCCCCACAGGGACAAAAGACCAAAGGAAGGAAAAGAGGAAAUGCCAAAUUGCCAAAAUCCAAUCAGAAGAUUCUGAACUGUCGCUCUUGCGACAUGGUUUUCAUGAGCACCUCUCAGCUGUACGUGCACAGAAAAGAGAAGCACAGCAGAGAUAAAAAUAUGAGUAAACCAAGGGCAGUCAGUACGCGCAGGAGAGUAAUCACGUAUCCAUGUCAGGUCUGCGGCAAAGUCUUGGUCCAUCAUUUGCAACUUAGGGCACAUUACAGACAGCACCCAGCUUCAAGCUUCACCACAAUCGAAAACAAAACCCAGCCUGUAGUAUGUACUACCAAAGACUCUGAGUUAUCAGAAAACAGACCAAAUACACUAAAAACCAGCAUAGCAGAAAACAAGACUGUUAAGGCUGGUCGAGGGAGGCCCAGGAAAGUGGCCAAAUUAGAGAACAAGGUUACUGAUCCAGGGAGACGCACAGAAGUGCCUGAGAAGGAGGAACUGGAGAGAGAGUUCCCAUGCCCCUCCUGUGCAGAGGUUUUCUCUCUGCAGUCACAGCUGAGGGAGCAUGUGGAGCUCCACCAGUCCUCCCUGAAGAGGAGACCGUGCAGUGUGUGCACAAACGAGAUGGACACCUGUAAAUGGCCGGGCUCAAAGAGGCAGAGGCUGUACCACUGUGUGCCCUGCCAGCAGGGUUUCUCUGCACUGGACUCUUUCCUAGAACACUGUCAGGAGCAUCUGCGAGUCAGGGUGGAGGAGGACUGCAUCACAGAGGGCUGCACACAUUGGGCCAGCAAAGCCUGAGAUCCAGUUUGAAUGUCAUUGGCCAUUGCCUUUUUUGCCUUGAAGGGUCAGAGAGCGAAGAGUGUCUAAAUCUCUAUGAAAUUCUUGUUGAUUUACCAGUUCAUUAAUUCAGCAUCCAGAACAUCUUGUUUUUAUACCUACGAUCUCGUUUUAAUGUUAUCCAUCCCAACAUGUCGAGGAUGAAUCGCUAUAGGAACAUACCAGGCUUUUUGCAUAUUUUACUUUUAGCCCUUUUACUAUAAAUCGCAUAUACUUUACUGCCAACUUUUCUAAAGUAUCAAUUUGUAUGAUAUCAAUUACAGUGAACAUUUAGUUAACCCUGAAUGAUAAUGCAGAUGAAAACAAAACAUUUUAGUGUGUUCAUGUGCUUAUGGGACGUUCCACCGUCUCAGAUUUGACUCACUUGCAGUGCAGCAUUGCAUUUACAAGCCAUGUUGUGAAAUUAAACAAAUGUGGGCAUUGCAAGAAAGACUGGGUAUCCCACAACCACUAAUAAUGAACACUUUUCAAAUUCAUAAUCAUUUCAGCUUUAUUACAACAUAAAGACAACACCAUUUUGACUAAACAUAAAGCCAAUCCACUGUGAUGGAUUACCUCUGUCUAGCCAGUCUGCAAGUUGAUUUUUGGACUUUAAUGUGAUACAUUACCUGAUACAGUUGUUUCCCUAAAACAUUGUGUUUUUGGGAAAUGAGGCUCUCUGCACAACCAUGGUACGUUGUUGGCAAAGCACUGCCACAGAUAUCUUGUUUGCUAGAGUCUAUUUUUACACUAGACCUCUGGAGUGCUUUUAGCUAAGUAAGGUUCUAAUGCUGUUAUUUAGUUAUUUUUCUUACAAUUUUGGCAAUUAGUGGGAACCCUGGUGUCACUUGCUGGAUUGUAGCACUAGAUGUACAUGUAGUGCUUUGCUCAAGACUGCAAAGUAUUUGCAAGUGCUGUGAAAUCACAAAGUAUGAAUCCGUGAACACAAUUUGAAUGGCUGUCAUUUCAUUACUUCCUGUUUUUUUAGCUGCCAUGUACUUUGGUGAUAUUAUCUAGCUAUGCAAACAGGUGAACUGAUGUAGCCCGUCAGUAGGUCUGUGAUGCUUGAUAAGUGUGCUUUGGUGAAUGAACAAUGAUCAACAUGAGGGUUUUUUGUCUCUUUUUUUUUCUUAUGGGGGUUUCUGCUACUGUUUUCAAAGUACUACUGUGGAAAUGUAGAGAUUGAUUUAAUAGGUUUUGAAGCUUCUACUUUUCGAAGUCUUGUAAAUUAGUUUGACUCUUUAUAGAUAACGUUUAAAAAAAAAAAAAAUUAAAACAAUUAUCAUGAUG